AUGGGCAAUUGCCUGGGUCGUAAUAAUCCUUCUCCUGAGGAUAACAAAGGUAUAAAACAACAAAAUGCAAAUGGGAGAAAUUCUCAAGCAUUAACUGAUGUGACGCCGCCGCCGCCACUCACCGGUGUUCCUGGUGAAGUUAAAACUAAGCAGGAAAAGCUCAAACCAGAAGAACCCAAAACAAUUGUGAUUGCUCUUUACGAUUAUGAGGCCCGUACGAAAGACGAUUUAUCAUUUAAAGCUGGUGAUCAAAUGGAGGUUGCUACUAAAACUGCGCAAUCUAAUCAAGAUUGGUGGUCUGCUCGUUCUAUCCGGACGAAAAAUAUUGGCUUUAUUCCACGUAAUUUCGUUGCCGAGAUUACUUCCUUGGAAGCAAAACCGUAA